AAUGACAACAGAGAGGUGCGUGCAUUCUGAGCCCAAAUGUCAUCUGCUUCAGCUAUUAUGUGCGACUUUUGGGCGUGUCAGGUCCGAGUCGCUGACCAUGUCUGAGUCUGAGUUCUAGUUAAAUGCUCCAAAAAUCAUUAAUGGUGAGGACGACAGUGACAGACCAGGUUUUGCUCUUUCCAAGGUUUUUUUUAUUAUAACUAAUUAAUACUAAAGCCUUUUGGUAAUUAUGACUUUACCCCCUUAAUCUGGUAAUUAUUACCAUAAGGACGGAAUUGUGCCAUUCUUCAUAAUUUAACACCCGUCAUGGUACCAUACACGCACUUCCCGAGGGAUUCUCUUUAAUACCGACUAGGAGCAAGUCUCUCACUCUCGGUGAGUGAUAUGUGAAGAAGAUUUGACAAUGCCGGAGCUAGGGUUUGACGAUCACAGCUCGGCGAGAUCAUCGGGAUUUAGAGCUCGCGAUGCCAGUCCUGACUCUGUCAUCUUCACUCUCGAGUCCAACUUCUUCUCCUCUGCUUCUGCCAGCGUCGAUCGUUGCUCUUUCACAUCGGAUGCUCACGAUCGCGACUCUUUUGCCUCCGAGAUCUCUCUGCAUUUGGCAGCACAUGAUGUUCAUCAGCACGAGAGUUCGAGUGGUCCAGUUCCAUAUCCAAACAAAGCAAUUCACGGCCGUCUCCCCCGAAAAGGUUAUAAAGCGAAAGUUCGGAAAGGAAACAACACGGACGAAACUGCAGCUGGAGAAGACAAUGACCUAAACCUCCAUUCAGCCAGAAAUUCAUUUUCAAUUGCUCUGAAAGAGUGUCAGGAACGAAGAUCCAGAUCUGAAGCGCAUCUGAAGAACCUGGACAGACAAGGACCUGCUUCACUGGAUCUCAACAAUGUUGCAGCCUCUUCACCGCGAUUGGGAGGAAUGAGAAGGAGUUCUAUUUCUUCUCACAGGUCUGGUACGUUUCCAAGUCCAGGGACGCCCAAUUAUCGGCAUGCUACUGUGGGAAUGCAAAAAGGCUGGAGCUCAGAACGAGUGCCAUUGCAUACCAAUGGUAACAGAAGGCAGGUGGGUGCUGCCAUGUUGCCCCUGAAUAAUGGGAGGACGUUGCCAUCAAAGUGGGAAGAUGCUGAGAGAUGGAUAUUUAGUCCUGUUUCAGGAGACGGAGUUGUAAGACAGCCACUCCAGACUACUCAAAGGCGGCCAAAGUCAAAGAGCGGACCCCUUGGCCCCCCUGGUGUUGCGUAUUAUUCAAUGUAUUCCCCUGCAAUGCCAAUGUUUGAAGGGGGAAAUGCAGGAAACUUCAUGGCAGGUUCUCCAUUUUCUGAAGGUGUAAUAAGUGCUGAUGCAUUGGCUAUUCAUUCUGGCAGCCAUGGAGUGGCCUUUCCCAUGCGCACAGAGCCUUGCAUGGGAAGGUCAAUUAGCGUGCAUGGAUGCUCUGAGAUGCUAGCGCAGCAUUCAUUCCAUUCACAAGUUAAAAAUACAGAAGAAAGGGUUGAUGGAGUGAAGAAUGCAGCCACUGAUAUUUCACGUGAGGCUUCGAGAAGGGACAUGGCAACACAAAUGAGCCCUGGGAGUAGCACCCAUUCAUCUCCCAAAAGGAAUUCUCCUUUCGUCACCUCCAUCCCCUCUGCACUACAGAUUGUUGAAGUACAGAGCAUUCAUUCCUCUAAAUCAGAAGUCAGGGACGUGCAGGUUGAUGAAAGAGUCACGGUGACGAGUUGGUCCAAGAAACAGAGACCUCGUAUUCUGGGGAAGAGCUCAGAAAUGACUGAUGACUGGAGAAAGAAAGACUUGGAUGCUCGAUCUUCAUCUUGGGAUAUUACAGAGACAGCAAAAAGCAUUUCAAAGGUCAAAAGAGAGGAAGCUAAAAUCACUGCAUGGGAAAACCUGCAGAAGGCGAAAGCUGAAGCAGAGAUUCGUAAACUAGAGAUGAAUCUUGAAAAGAAGAGAUCUUCAUCAAUGGAUAAAAUCAUCACAAAGUUGAGAGCUGCUCAGAAGAGAGCGCAAGAAAUGAGGAGUUCAAUGCUAGCUAACCAGGGACAUCAAGUUAGCAGAAGUUCUCACAAGGCUGUAUCAAUUCAUAGAACCCGCAAAAUAGGUUCCUUGAGCGGUUGCUUUACCUGCCAUGCUUUCUAACUUCUCGUCCUGAAAUACCUGGUAACUUCUUGAGUAGUGUUAAUUUCAAAUUGUGUUGUAUCUCCUCUUCAUACCUAAAAAGUAGAUUAUUACCUUAAUUAAUAACAUGACAUGCCCUAGCAUAUGUUUAGAGUUUGAAGAGCAUAGCCAUUUCGCUAACCGUUGAAAAUGAAACUUACAUGACCUCUUUUGCGAUAAUGAAUAGGAGAACGACCCGUCUGCCGGGCAAGCAUGAUUACUAUCAAGUAUGCAGAUUUGUUGGAUGCCAUUGUUAGUGCUAAUCCUAGACUCGCAUCCCCAUUAUCUUUGCAUUUGAAAAUCAUAUGGACAUGGAGUAAUUAUCUUUUGAAUUUUACGGUUUUGAGGGUUUUAUCCUACCCAUAUGAUCACAACUAAAGAAAAUUGAACCAUAGUAAAAAUUUAUUAAUGAAAAUAUGGAAUUAUCCCUCUAGAACAUCCAGAAGUUCGUUUUUCAAGUGUGGUUUUAUGUUUUCAGUACUUAUUAGUAUGAUCUUUGACCAGGUUCAUUAAGCAGAAUGAAAUGUGGAGUCCAAGAAAAUGAUAGCGUCUAGGACCAGACGACUAUAGUAUCAUUCCAUGGACAUGCAAUCUUGCUAGAACGUGAAGCGCAAUUCUUACACUAAUAUCUCAGAAAUGCAAGAUCUUGUUGCAACUACGAAGGUAUCCACGUAUGCAAAAACUUAUUGAGUAAGGAUUCUUGUACUCAUGUAUGUUUGUAUAUUAACAUUGAAGGUUUUCUUAUCAUAGAUAUUUGUAUUGAAACCGAUCAUAACAUCAAUCCAAUUCGGUUUGGUGUUUCCAUAUAGUAUAGUUUUAUAA